AUGAUUGAAAUAACAAAAUAUUCAUGGAAUCGCUCGUACAGCAAGUCUAUUCACAAAGUUUUCUUCACCUUCAGGCGUAUUGCUGUUCUACUUCCAGCCGGAAUUGAGUCACAUUCUCCACCCAUCGCUGGAGGUCAUAACUCUUCCCCUUGCCCAAUUGACACACCACAAGUGCCUCAGUCGGUUGCUAAUCGGAUAGACCGGUGUAGACUAGCAUCUGUGCGCGAGGAGCAGGUUAAAGUCAAUAGGCGGCUAAUUGCACUGGAGGCAGAGCACCAACGAUUGACGGCUGAGGUAGCGAGGGGACGUGAAAGAUCUGCCGAUCCGGCAGAAAAAGAGAUGGUACUUAAUUGUGACAUGUUUUUGACAGCCGUUUUCUACUCUUUUAAGGCGGUUGCAAUGGCUCAAAAUCUCGAAGAAGCUGAACAGAUGGAGCAGGUUGUCUGUGUUACCUGCGCAACGGAAGUGAAUAUGCGACAUGCUCUUAGACACAUGGAAAAGUGUUUUCAAAAGCUUAUCUUCUAA